CUUAGACCUUGCUGGCUCAAGAUAGCUCUUCUAGGGUCCUUGUAAAUGUCAUUUGUUAUCCUGUGGGAAGGGGAGGCACCAAGAGCCUGAGGCUAGGAGCUUAGGGUGAACAGGCUGAAGGGCAAGGGUAGGAAACUGCUCCCUUGCUUCUGGAGGUGGGUGCUUUUUGCUGGGUAUCAAUGGACCCCAUCUCUUCCUCUCCAGGGCAGAUGAGAGCAGACUUAACUAAUGCAGUUUCUUUGCACUACACCGCAAUGUCUCUUGGUACCCAGGGAGAGUUGGGCAGAGGAAGUGCUGUAGGUUUAUGACCAAGUACCCCCAUGUCCUUUCCUGCUAAAGCUGGAAGGUCUGUAGGUUUCAGAUUCUCUAUCAAGUGCGAUACAUCUGAGAUGAGGAAUUGGUGUCAUCUCUAUGGACACUUUGAUCCCAGCAUAUAGUGAAAGGGAGGCUUGGAAAGAACGAGGGUCUCUGAAGGUGCCAAAAGGUAUCUUCACUGUGAGACAAGAUGGUGGAGUCAUUUCUAGCCGUUGGUAACACAAUAUCCUGUUCCUCCAAGACACUUGCCUUGUGGAGGUGCAGCUCUGGGCCUUUGCCAUCAGCAUGCCCACCCUGAGACCUGCCUCUUUCCCCAGAGCUUGACCUGUUUCAGGCAUUGGAAGGAGGAAGUAAGAAGGCAGCCAGGCUAGAGUCAUCUAGAAUUGGACCUGGAGGAGGGAGGAGCAUUUGCUUACCUGAGAGUGCUAGCCUCUCCCCUUGUUUGCUCUGAGAUAGCCAGGCUAGCUCCUGCCCAGCACGCGAGGCUGCCCUUUGGGCACUCCCUUCCCUUCCUUAGACUCAGAUACCCACUCAGACCAACACACAGAGCCAGGUGGCCAUGGCCUGGCUCCCCAGGUCUUUCCUCUGUGGGACCCUGCUGGGGCUCCUGUGCCUGACUGCCCCAGGGCUGGCCGUGGAAGUGAAGGUACCCACUGAGCCCCUGAGCAUGCCAGUGGGCAACACCGCAGAGCUGAUCUGCAGCUAUAGCACAUCUGUGGGAAGCAACUUUGCCCUGGAGUGGAGCUUUGUGCAGCCCGGGAAGCCCAUCUCUGCAUCGAAGCCCAUCCUGUACUUCACCAAUGGCCACCUGUAUCCCACGGGUUCUAAGGCAGAGCGGGCCAGCCUGCUCCAAAAUCCACCCACAGGAGGGGUGGCCACCCUGAAACUGUCGGAUGUCCGCCCCUCGGAUACUGGAACCUAUCUCUGUCAUGUUAACAACCCGCCAGAUUUCUACACCAAUGGUCUGGGACUGAUCAACCUUACGGUGCUGGUGCCCCCCAGCCGCCCCUCAUGCAGUCAGAGUGGGUCAGCCUUUGUGGGAGGCUCCGCAGCACUGAGAUGCAGCUCUGCCCAGGGAGCUCCCAAGCCAGUGUACACCUGGGCUCGCCUUGGAUCCUUCCCUACGCCUUCUCCUGGCAGCGUGGUUCAAGAUGAAGUGUCUGGCCAGCUCAUUCUCACCAAUCUCUCCCUGACCUCCUCGGGCACCUACCGAUGUGUGGCCACCAACCAAAUGGGCACUGCAUCCUGUGAGCUGACCCUCUCUGUAAUCGGUUCCAGAAAGAGAGGAAGAAGACCCCCAAGGAGAUGUAUGGGGGUAGUGACCUGCGUACGGGGCCCAGCAGGGGCACGGACCUCCAGUCCCCCAGAACCCGGGCCCCGCCCCAGUCACUGAGCUGAAGCGAGCCCGUGUCAGGCUUCUCUUCGGAGGAAAGCUGGGAAACUAGAACCCACCCAUCCAGCCCGCCAGCCGGCCU